CGAAGGGUUACGAGAGGUCAUGAUGAGUCUGGGAAAAUGGCGGAUUUUCAGAACAAGAAAUUUGCGACAAUGAUUAUUUUGAUGUUUCGCUGCGUUUUUACCUAAAUCUAUUCAAAAUGUUCCCACAGGGUCCAGGCCAGGGUGGCCAGCCCCCACCCUUCAGAUAUCCCGGACCCCCAGGGAUGUUCCCACCAGGCCAGGGGCCAGGUCCAAGAGCAGGUCCCCCUAGGGGCCCACAUGCAGGCCCUCCUCCAAGAGCAGGGCCACCCCCAGAUCAUCGUGGGCCGUUCCUGAUGCAUCAGCAGGGGCCGUUUGGGGGCCCCAGGCCUGGUGCACCAUGGGGCCAUCCACCUGGCAUGCACACCGGUCCACCUUCCAGUCGGCCCAUACUUAGACCGCCACAGUUCAGCCCAUCACAACCCCGGCCUGACUUUGGGGCACCCAAUCCAGGAUUCCCACCUCCAAGAGGACCAGUUCAUCAACACAGACCGCCAAUGAGAGGACCUCCACCCAAUCAGGGGCCAAUGUUGAGAGGACCUCCACCCAGUCAGGGUGCAGGAUUUAGACUGCCACCACCCAAUCAGGGCCCACCAAUAAGAGUCCCACCACCCAAUCAGGGCCCUCUAUUGAGGGGACCACCACCCAAUCAGGGUCCACCACCCAAAGGACCACCAACCAAUCAGGGCCCUGCAUUCAGGGGCCCUCCACCCAAUGAGAGCCCUCGUAUGAGAAGUCCUCAUCCUCCUCAACCUAGACAAUCUUCUCCAUUUGGUUUUCCUGCUCCUCCAUUUUCAGGACCCCCUCCUAGAGGAUCUUCCCAACCUGUAACUCCCCCAACUAGUGCGCCUCGUCCGAUUCCUCCCGCCAAGGGAUGGGGCAGUGGGGACACAGGUGCUGAGGAGUGGGGGACACCUCCUAAGGGAGGGGCAUCAUGGGAAGGGCUGUCCAAGUCUUGGGGGGAUGAGGCAAAACCGGAGAAAAGUGAGACGGCAUGGGAUGUGGACAAACCUGGAUCAAGCAAAACGUCAUUGGGUUGGGGUGAGCCAGGACCCAGCAAAGCAUCAUGGGGAGUAGAUGAACCGGGACCAAGCAAAGCAUCAUGGGGGACUGAGGAGCCUGGACCAAGCAAAGCAUCGUGGGGGAUGGAGGAGUCUGGACCAAGCAAAGCAUCAUGGGGGACGGAGGAGUCUGGACCAAGCAAAGCUUCGUGGGGGAUGGAUGAACCACAUAAAGGUUCAUGGGAAAUGGACAAACCAAGCGCAACGUGGGGAUCAGAGACUUCCAGGUCUUCAGGCAGAUGGGAUGAUGGGGGCUGGGGUGACGAGAAGGGGAAAGAGAAGUCCUCGCAAACUGGAAGAAAACGAAUUUCCUCUGUGGCAUCUGAUGAGCGAAGGCAGAGUGAGCGUGGUGAAAAAAGACGUCGUGAUUACAGAGAUGAUGAUUGGGGCCAGUGGGAUCCUCAGUCAGUAGAUGUGCCAACUCCUACCACCACUGAAACUAAGGAGGGGAGUGGUGACAGGGACAGGGACAGGGAGAGAAGACCCAGCACUAGUAAGGGGUGGGGGGACAGUCAUCCUAAGGAAAGUUCCAGAAGGAAGGAGCAUUCAAGGUCCCCACCCAGACAUUCCAGAUCCAGCUCCCCUGCACCCAAGAGGUCCCGCUGGGAACACAUUGAUAAGGAGGUUGUGAAGGAGAAGGAGAAGCCGAUCUGGGAGUGGCUGAGUGGGGGCUCGGAACAAGACAAGGGAGAAGAUGAUAAAACCAAGAACCCCCCCUGGGUCAGGUGCUCCCCAGGAGACACCUAUUAUGACAACUGCGCCUCUGAGCAAUUUAAUGGCUCGAGUGUUGUGGCCACAGACAAGCUGAAGGCUCUGUACAAACAGUUUGAGGAGGUGCUGGGGCUGAGGCAGACCGGGGCCAUGGAUGCCAAGCCCCCGCGGGAAGACGCCCCCGAGCCAGAACCGCCGCCCGAGGACUCUGAGUCAGAAGAGAGCAGUUCCUCCAGCAGCAGCGAGGAAAGUGAGACGGAAGACACAGAAAAUGAUGAAGAAGAAGCAGAGAACAUCAUGGAGGAGCUGCGUAAGAAGAAGGCUCACCCUGACAGACUUCACGAGGAGCUGUGGUACAACGAUCCAGGAGAGAUGAAUGAUGGCCCCCUGUGCCGGUGCAGUAUGAAAUCCAGACGGACAGGUAUCCGUCACAACAUCUACCCAGGAGAGGAGCUGAUUCCCAAAUGUGACCCCUACACCAACAAUGCCAACAGACUGCACCACUAUCGGAUCACCAUGUCACCUUUCACCAACUUCCUGACAGACCGUCCCACAGUAAUCCAGUAUGACGACCAUGAGUACAUCUUUGAGGGGUUCUCCAUGUUGUCUCACCAGAAACUACAGAAUAUUCCUGACUGUAAACUAAUCAGAUUCAAUAUCGAGUACACCAUUCAUCUCAUUGAAGAAAAGAUGCCAGAGAACUUCUGUGUGCAUGGACUGGACAUGUUCUCAGACUUCCUGUUUAAUGACAUCCUGGAGCUGGUGGACUGGGACAGAUGGGGUCCUUCCAGAGUAGAUGGGAAGAAGAAGGGCUGCUGCAGGUUCCACUUCAUGCCUCGCUUUGUCAGAAACUUGCCUGAGAACGGAAAAGAAGUGCUGGCGAUGCACCAGGUCCUGCAGUACCUCCAGAGGAGUAACCGGCCGCUGGUGGAGGCCUCAGAGCUGGCCCUGCUGCUGCAGCUGGAGGAGUACGAGUGGCAGAGGUUUGCUGAACAAACCAAGAACAUGAUCGUCACCCAUCCUGGAAUGAAGCCCUGUUCAGUUCGUGUGGACCAGUUGGACAGAGAGCAGCUGAACCCAGAUGUCAUCAGUUACCCUGUCAUCGUUCACUUCGGCAUCAGACCUGCACAGCUCAGCUAUGCAGGGGACCCCAAAUACCAAAAGUUGUGGAAGUCAUACCUGAGAUUGCGGCAUCUUCUAGCAAACAGCCCAAAAGUCAGACCCCAAGACAGACAGAAACUCUUUAUUCGAGAGACUGAAUUGCAAAAGAUUCGGUCAAAGAGCGAGAUGAGAAGGGAAGUGACUGUUGAGCUGAGUAGUGAAGGGUUCGUCAGGACAGGUAUCAGGUCUGAUGUGUGCCAGCAUGCCCUGUUGCUUCCUGUACUGAUGCACUACCUGCGGUACCACGCCUGUUUGAAUGAGCUGGACCAGCUCCUGGGCUCCAAGUUUGAAGACAGGUCCCUGUUAGAGCUUGCCCUGACUCAUCCUUCUCACCAUCUGAACUUUGGUAUGAAUCCUGACCAUGCCCGAAACUCCCUAUCAAACUGUGGUAUGAGACAACCAAAGUAUGGGGACAGAAGAAUUCACCAUGUGCACACUCGCAAGAAGGGUAUCAACACAUUGAUCAACAUCAUGUCCAGAAUGGGCCAUGAUGAAGAAACGCCAUCUCUUAUCAACCACAAUGAGAGACUGGAGUUCCUGGGUGAUGCUGUGGUGGAGUUUCUCACCAGCUCCCAUCUUUAUUUCAUGUUCCCUGACUUGGAGGAGGGAGGACUGGCAACAUACAGAACAGCCAUUGUGCAAAAUCAACAUUUGGCUGUUCUUGCAAAGAAGUUGCGACUGGAUGAGUUCAUGCUGUACGCCCACGGGCCAGACCUGUGCCGUGAGUCGGACCUGCGGCACGCCAUGGCCAACUGUCUGGAGGCCCUGAUCGGCGCCAUGUACAUGCAGCAGGGCCUGGAGGAGACCAAGAAACUCUUCUGUAGACUGCUCUUCAGCGAUGAGGACCUUCAAGAUAUCUGGUUGAACCACCCAACACACCCACUACAGCAACAAGAACCAGAGGGAGACAGACACCUAAUUGAAUCAUCACCAGUUCUAAAGCGGUUGACAGAGUUUGAGAGUCGGUGUGGGAUGGAGUUCAAACAUGUCCGCCUGCUAGCCCGAGCCUUCACACACAGGACUGUAGGCUUCAACAACCUGACUCUAGGCCAUAACCAGCGUCUAGAAUUCCUGGGUGACUCCGUGAUGCAGAUGGUGUCAUCAGAGUACCUGUAUAAACACUUCCCUGAUCAUCACGAGGGCCAUCUGUCUCUCUUGAGAAGUUCCCUGGUGAACAACAGGACGCAGGCGCUGGUGUCUCAGGACCUGGGUAUGGAGGAGUACAUCAUCUCCAGUGACAAGGCACGUCAGGGGAAACUGUCUCUUCGGCAGAAAACACUGGCUGAUCUCAUGGAAGCCUUCAUGGGUGCUCUGUAUGUGGACCAGGGUCUGGAGUAUGUUUGUGUCUUCAUGAACGUCUGCUUCUUUCCAAGGCUAAGGGAGUUCAUCAUGAACCAGGAGUGGAAUGACCCCAAGUCCCAGCUUCAGCAGUGCUGCCUGACCUUGAGGACAGAGGGCAAGGAGCCUGACAUACCCUUCUACAAGAUCCUGGACAAGGCUGGCCCCUCCCAUGCCAGGAAGUACACUGUGGCAGUCUACUUCAAGGGAGAGAGGAUUGGCACAGGGGUGGGCUCCAGCAUACAGCAGGCUGAGAUGGCAGCAGCGAGGGACGCUCUCAAGAACUACAAGUUUCCCCAGCUGGCCCACCAGCGCAGGUUCAUGGACAAGAAGUACAAACAUCUCCGCCGUAUCCUGGACAUCGAGGAAGAGAGGAGCGGGAGGAGGAAGGAGGGAGGGAGGGACAAGGAGAGGAGGAAGGACAGAAGGAGAGAGCCAAAAAAGAAGGGGAGAAGACCAGAGAGGGGGACAAGUCUGCAAAGUUGAAGUGAUUUGCUCUACAGCAGUCCUUGUGUUUGAUACUAGUUUUUGUUCCACAAUGGAAAUGAAGCUAAUGUAUCAUUCAUCUUAUUUAUUCCAAGAAUGGCCACAAAGAGACUGGACAAGAAAACUGGAAGAGGACUCAAAGACUCAAACUUAUAGAAGAAGAUUUAAAACAGAUCCAUAGGAAGAAAAGUGUUUCAAAAACAUUGACUUCCUAACUACAUUGCACUUCUCAUUCUCCAACUUGUACAGAAGAAGCUGAAGAAAAAUAAGUCUGUUAGACACAAAGUAGAGCUAGUAUUAGAGUCAGAUGGUUAGCUAUUUAUCAGUGUUGCAGGGUGAAAGACACUCUAGAUAAGAGGUUUGCUCCACUGUUUCAGGUCUUUCAUUCCAAAUAGUAGUACAGCAUAUUAGCCAAAAGGCUCAACUUAAAUACAGUUGUUAGUAUCCAACUUUCAUAGUCAUUAUUCUGAAAGGAUGACUCUACAUGCAAGUUGCAAGAUACUAGUAAGUAAUAAUGCAAUAAUGAUGUGCCAUGGAAUUGUAGAAUUGAAAUGUUCAAAAUAGUACCGUGCUAUUUUAUGAAUAUGAAUAUGACAGUGCUUAUAAUAUGUUUUAUGUGUGUAUUUAGCAACAAUGAGUAAUGUGUUGCUCUGAACCAAUAUGACAAUGGGAAUUGAUUUUGGGACCAGGUUGUUAUGAAGGCAUCUGUUUUCAGAAAUGGGAUGGCCUGUAAAAAUUUAAACUGUUGAAGCCAUAAACAAGACUGAAUUUGAGGUUUUAGCAGUUAAGAGGAACUAUGAAGUAAAUAGUGUGAAAUAUGUGAUGUUUUAACAGUUGUGGAGUUGUCACAAGUUGGAAAACAGUGCAGUAUUACAGGCAUAUUGGUCAGGUUGCCAGUAUGUAUUGAAUUCAUGAAAGAACAAGCUAAGCUUAAAAGAUGUUGUAUAAAGAUUAAGUUGCAUGGGAGCUACAAGUCAUGAGAUUCAUAUUCAGAAAGAAAGAUGUAUUGAAAGUUGACAAUGAGUCAGCAUAUGAAUUACAGAUGAAAUUGAUUCCAA